AUGAAAGCUUUUAGCGGCAUAGUAGCGUGGUGUCUAUUACUGGUACUGAGCCCAGUGGUCCAGUCAUUACAUAUUUAUAUGAAAUCAGGCGAGACGAAAUGCUUUUACGAGAAAUUGAAUGCUGGUAACCUACUUAUUGGAGAUCUUGACGUGCUAGUAGAGAAUCCCGUUAGUGGAAUAUACGAGGAGAAUUCACGGAUCAAAGUGGAUAUAAGUAUCGAUGAAACAUUUGAUAAUGAUGAGCGUGUCUUACAUCAAAGGAAUCUUGAUUCUGGUGAUUUCGCAUUCACAGCACUGGAAACAGGUGAGCAUAGAGUGUGUCUGAAACCAGAGUAUCCAAAUGUCGAUUCAAAACUAAGAGUCUUUAUUGAACUGGAAGUUGAUCAUUCCAGUUCUCUAGAUAGCAAGAGAAAAGAUGAAUCGGAAUAUUUGAUGAAUAGAAUCCAUGGAUUGACUCAAAGACUGCACCACAUCCGUCAGGAACAAACUAUCAUAAGAGAGAAUGAAACAGUCUUCAGAAAUAAUAGUGAAUCUGCCAACGGCAGGAUAAUGUUCUGGUCGUUACUACAACUAAUCGCAUUAAUCGGCGUCUGUGCCUUCCAAUUACGCUAUCUAAAGAACUUCUUUGUUAAAAAGAAGAUAAUAUAA